GAUUCUAUAGGGUGAGCAAAGGCCGGAGAGGUUGCAGGGGAGAAGCCGCACCGAGAGUGAUUCCAGUGGGGACUGUAGCACAGCGGAGAGGCACCACACGGCGCUAGAAGAAGAGGAGGAUCGACGCUUCGAUAUGGGGUGGAUGGAGGAGUUGCAGAGCGCGCUUGCGGCCCGCGGCUUGGCGGUCGCCUCGAUCCCGGGCAAAGGCCGAGGGCUGAUCACCACCCGCGACUUCGCUCCUGGUGAUGUGAUCAUAUUCCAAGAACCCUAUGCGUCGACGCCGAACAAGACUUCUAGCGGCUCAAGUUGUGAUGGCUGCUUCGCCUCCAACGACUCGAGAAAGUGCUCGGCUUGUCUGGUUGCGUGGUACUGCGGGACUGCGUGUCAGAAAUCAGAAUGGAAGAUACAUCAAUCAGAAUGCAGAGCACUUGCUGCCCUUAACGAGGACAGAAAAAAGAUGCUUACAUCUACUAUACGGUUAAUGGUGAGACUUAUACUGAGGAAACAACUGCAAAGUGAGCAGGUGAUUCCUACCAGUGCAAUGGAUAAUUAUGACUUGGUGGCCACCUUGGAAUCUCAUAUCUCUGAGAUAGAUGAGAAACAGCUGGUGCUUUAUGCACAGAUGGCUAACCUCGUCAACUUGGUACUUCCUUCGUUGAUGAUUGAUUUGAAGGAGACUGCACAUAAUUUUUCUAAGCUCUCAUGCAAUGCUCAUACAAUCUGUGAUGGUGAACUUAGACCCCUGGGAACUGGAUUAUAUCCUGUAAUUUCCAUCAUUAACCACAGUUGUGUUCCCAAUUCGGUUUUGGUGUUUGAAAAUCGGGUUGCUUUUGUGCGUGCAAUGGAGCCUAUAGCUAAAGGUACUGAGAUCUUGAUAAGUUACAUAGAAACUGCAGCAACCACUGAGACCAGGCAGAAAGAUCUCAAGCAGUAUUUUUUUGUCUGCACAUGUUCUCGUUGCACCAAGAACCCAUACGAGGAGCUCGAGGAAACUGCCACUCUGGAAGGUUACGGAUGUAAGGACAAGAAGUGCAGUGGCUUCCUGAUACCUGACUCAGGAAAACAGUCUUUCACAUGCCAGCAGUGUGGUCUCUCCAGGGAUCAGCAAGAGAUAAAAAAGAUUGCUUGUGAAAUUGCACAAGUCUUAGGAAAGGCAUCUAACUGUCUGUCCUCUGGCCAUUUAUCUGAAGGCAGCACUAUGUACAAGAUAGUUGAGCAGCUCCAACUUCAACUCUGCCAUCAAUAUUCUCUUAGUUUGUUGCAAACCCGUGAAACUCUCUUGAAGGUUUUGAUGGAGCUAAAAGAUUGGAAAGGCGCCUUAACAUAUUGCCGCUUGACAAUUCCCACAUAUAGAAGAAUAUAUCCCGCUACUCAUCCUAUGCUUGGUCUGCAAUAUUACGCUUGCGGGAAACUUGAAUGGCUACUUGAAUUCACCGAGGAUGCUCUUAAAUCAUUCAUCAAAGCAGCAGAUAUACUCCGAAUUACUCAUGGGACCCGAACGCCCUUCAUGAAGGAGUUGCUACACAAGCUGGAGGAAGCCCGUGCUGAAGUUUCAUACAAACUUUCUGCCAGUGAUUAAGACAACAUCCACGAGGACGGUGCUGUCGGUUUUAGCAGGUAAAGCAAGAUGUGUCUAUCAAAGGAUAUAAGAGAAAAACCUCAAGCUGCUGGGAAUUGCACAGUGCCAACUGUCACAUAUUCCUGGUUAGCUAAUCAAGGAGCCAACCAUAGGAGUGCCUCAGCUAUAAAUGGUACCAAUGAAUUCAGUGACUUGAGAUGACUAUAAAGUUGUUAGAUACUUGCCAUUUGUAUGUUAUAAUUUACUCAUUGUCUGGAGAUAACUAUGAAUUUGUUAGAUUAUGGAACUUUCCAUUUGUAUGUUAUUGUAAUUUACGGUACAUUCCCAUGUAAAUGAAUUAUGGUUUAUAGUGCUGCUGUCA